AUGAAUUUCAAGAGCUUCGGGAAUGAAGCUGGCGGUGGCGACGGCGGAGGGAGGCCGGCGGGGAAUUUCUCCCUGACGCGGCAGCCGUCGGUGUACUCGCUGACGUUCGACGAGUUCAUGAACAGCAUGGGAGGUUCGGGGAAGGACUUUGGCUCCAUGAACAUGGACGAGUUGCUGAAGAACAUUUGGACGGCGGAGGAGGUUCAGACAAUGGCGUCGGCCGGCGUCGCCGCCGAUGACGGAGGCGUCGGCGUCAGCCAUUUACAGCGGCAGGGGUCGCUGACGCUGCCGCGGACUCUCAGCCAGAAGACAGUGGAUGAGGUUUGGAAGGACAUUUCUAAGGAUUAUGGUGGCCACGGAGGGCCCAAUCUGGCACAGACGCCGAGACAGCCCACUCUGGGAGAGAUGACGUUGGAGGAGUUCUUGGUUAGAGCUGGUGUUGUUAGAGAAGAUGCGAAGCCAAACGACGGCGUUUUCAUGGAUCUGGCUCGUGCAGGGAAUAACAACGGUUUGGGGUUUGGGUUCCAGCAGAUGAACAAGGUUUCUGCUACUACCGGUUUGAUGGGUAACCGGUUGAACAAUGAUCCACUGGUGGGUCUUCAGUCUUCUCCCAACUUGCCUUUGAAUGUUAAUGGGGUGAGAUCAUCCAAUCAGCAGCCACAGAUGCAGAGUCCACAGUCUCAGCAACAGCAGCAGAUAUUUCCUAAGCAGAGUGCUAUGUCUUAUGCAGCUGCUCAGUUGCCCCAGGGAAUGGUGAGGGGUGGAAUUGUGGGGCUUGGGGGUGAUCAGGGUUUGAGCGUGCAAGGUGGAGGAAUUGGUAUGGUUGGUUUGGCACCAGGUUCAGUUCAUGUUGCUACUGGGUCUCCUGCUGCUAACCAAAUAUCCGGUGAUAAGAUGGCCAAGAGCAAUGGUGAUACCUCGUCUGUGUCACCUGUUCCUUAUGUCUAUAACGGCGGUCUGCGAGGGAGGAAGAGUGGAGGAGCUGUGGAGAAGGUGAUUGAGAGGAGGCAGAGAAGAAUGAUAAAAAAUAGAGAGUCAGCUGCCAGGUCACGGGCACGCAAGCAGGCUUAUACCAUGGAAUUGGAAGCAGAAGUUGCAAAGUUAAAAGAGGAGAACCAAGAACUUCAGAAAAAACAGGCUGAAAUCAUGGAAAUUCAGAAAAAUCAAGUUAAGGAAAUGAUGAAUUUGCAGCGAGAAGUCAAGAGAAGACGCCUAAGACGAACACAAACUGGUCCGUGGUAG